GUAUAAUACCAUGUGAGUAGGUGUUAAAUUGGCAGUUUAUGUUGAAACUUGGCUUUGCCAAUACUAACUAAGACUUAGUGUUUAUAUUUGCUAAUAACCUGCAAAAUAGAAAUAAAUGGUAUUUCUGUGGCUUAACAAAUUUUAAAUUGGAAAGUUUGUUGUUUAAGAGCUUACUGCCAGAUAUAUUUGGAACCUCUUCAAGUUGAUCAGAAUUGUAACGUCUCAGUCACCGACUCUGCUGAGUAACUGAGUUUGGAAACAGCCUACCUUUGCAAUGUGUGUUGAUGCAGAGGCAAAAUCAGAGCAGCAUAUAUUUUUCUUUUCAUAGCUCCCUAUACAGUCUUGGGCCACAGCUUUAUGAUGUGGGAAGUUUGGAAAUAGUCUCAUAAGGUGGCUGUUCUGUCCUGCUCUACUGCUAUUCCUGCAGCUUGUUGCUACCAGAGCAAUUGCUUGUGGACCUACACUUUGAACUCUGCUUUGGCAAUUCUACUGAUGUUGUUUUUUCCUUUAAGUUGGACCAGUUCCCUGACCUAUUUCUCAGCAUGGUCAUGCAAAAAGUUGUUCUAGCAUAACAGAGGAAGAAAUGCACCACAGCUGGUACUGCUUCUGGUCCUCAGGUGUGCUGAAUACAGCUUGUCAGACAGCAGAAAUCUUAGACUGAGUGUAACUCUUUGGUUUAUGUAUUUGCAUUUAAGUUUUAAAAUCUCAAUAUACAUUAACAAUUUAAAUGUUUACUCAUUAUAAGUGCCAGAUGCUACUGAGGUAGGAUUUGCUUAUGAAGUUGUUUUAGGAACAUGGAUGUGAGGGUUUGAUCUGGCUGUCUGAGGGAUGUACAGAGGUAGGGGGAUGAAUUUCGCUAGUGUAUCUCUUUCUUCAGCAGUUAUUCCUCAGGAUGGUCAAAUGACCAGAAACUUGUAGCAUGAACUCUGCCUCAAGGAUCUAGUGAUUCAAGACCAGUUUCAGUGUGAGAAAAGAUGAAAUCAUCUCUUACUCUUCAGGAACACUGGCUGUGUAAAUAAAAACCUUGUUUCAGGUGUGAAUACAACACUAGUUUAUGAACGUGUUAUAUAUACGACUUUUGCCUGUGUCUAAGCCACAUGUACUCUCAGAGCGCAAAAAUGAAACUGAUCUGGGAAAACAGUUCAAUUAAUGCCCAUGCAUUUGGGAUCUCUAAAGGUGAGCGUAGUGACUGCAGAGGCUGAGGUCCAAAUUCCCAGUGGGAGACACACAGAUUAUGACAUUCAGAAAUUUAGAGUCUUAUUUCACAGAAAGUACAGGAACUGCAAUGUACGAGCAUACAUGUUUUGUAGGGUUCAUUAAAAUUAAUUGCUAGUAAAAUAAGAUUUCUAAUAUGAGCAGAGAAUCAUAUCUUUAGUCAGUCCUUUGAUAAAUUUAGUAGCUCUCAAUUUGAUCAAGUAGAGGAUGUAUCCCCAGGCAUUCCUCUGACAGAGAGGACCCCCGGCAUCUGGAAGACUAUCCAAUUGCAUUGUAAAGAAACUUUAAGCAACAGUGGGUGACUGAAGAUGGAAGUCUGAGAGUGUUAAGAGAAAGAAAUGGUGUAAGAGAGGGCUUCAUUUUCUCUCAUGAGUAAAGUGAAAAUUACACCUGUCCUUAAGUAUUGUGAUUGGCGCCGUGAUAGAGAAAAAAAUGAUGAUCAUGAUGAAGUAUGCAGUGUGAGAAGUGAAGGUGGCAGUGUUCGAGGCUUCUCCAGAGGCAGAGGAAGAGGCAGAGGCAGGGGAAGAGGACGAGGCAGAGGAAACCCCAGAAGUAUGCAAAGAAUGAACUUUGAAUAUUCAGUUGGUUAUCACGAAUUGUAUGAUGAAGGGAUCGACCAAAUAUUUCAACCUGAGCUUAAUGCUACUGUGAUGUAUUAUUAUGGUGAUGCAGCAGGAGUGCAGAUGUAUUCUGUGGAUGAAGCACUUCUCAAAGAAUAUAUAAAGCAUCAAAUUGAGUAUUAUUUCAGCGCAGAAAAUUUGGAAAGAGACUUCUUUCUGAGGAGAAAGAUGGACCAACAAGGAUUUCUACCUGUUUCAUUGAUUGCUAGCUUCCGGAGGAUGCAAGCUCUGACUACAAAUGCUGCACUCAUUUUAGAGGCCAUAAAGGACAGUACAGAAGUUGAAACUGUGGAUCAGAUGCUGAGAAAAAGGGUUGAUCCAGAAAAGUGGCCAAUUCCAGGUCCUCCUCCAUGCAGUCUGCCACCAACUGACUUUUCUCAGCUCAUCAAUUGUCCAGAAUUCAUACCAGGCCAAAAUUUUGGCUCACAUACUGAGUCUGCACCAAAUUCUCCAAGAAUGGAAAGCCUACUGAGUCCAAAGGAAAACACUGAAAUUAGUAAUUUUCAGACAAUAUCUAAAGGAUUGUCUACAAGUUUACCUGAUUUGGACUCUGAACCUUGGAUAGAAGUGAAGAAGAGGCAUCAUGCAUCCACCGUCAAACUAAAGGAAAAUAUUCCUAUGCCUGAUCAAACAUCAGAUCAACAGCAGCCACCCCCACCUUCAGAGGAGCAAGAACAAGAAGAACUUGAUUUUUUGUUUGAUGAAGAGAUGGAACAAAUUCAGUGUCAGAAGAAUAAAUUUACUGAUUGGUCAGACAGUGAUUCCGAUUAUGAAAUUGAUGAUCAGGAUGUCAACAAGAUUUUGAUUGUAACACAGACACCACCAUAUAUGAGAAAACAUACUGGAGAUCAUACUGGCAACCAUGUAUGCCAUGCAAAAAUUACAUCAGGACUUGCUAAAGUUAUUAAUGAUGGCUUAUACUAUUAUGAGCAGGAUUUGUGGAUGGGACAGAGUGAAAAUGAUGCCAUGAUGAAGCAAGAGAUUGAGAACUUUAAGAAGCUAAAUCUCAUUAGUAAAGAAGAAUGUGAUAGUCUUGCACCAGAACGAAUUGCUGAUCCAACCCAGGAAGUUCCUCCAGAGUUACAGAAAGGUUUGGCAGAGGAGCUGACUUGUAAUUCGUUAAAUUUUGAAGUACCUCCAAAAGCAGCAGUAGCUCAGUCACUGCCAACUGCAGUUCCAGAUUCCUCCCGUGUUCACCCUGGCUUCACCCCACGAACACCUCGCACCCCGAGGCUGCAGGAUCCCAACAAAACACCUAGGUUCUAUCCUGUUGUUAAAGAAGCACGAUCCAUUGAUGUAAAGACUCCAAGAAAAAGAAAAACACGGCACAGUACAAAUCCUCCCUUAGAAUCCCAUGUUGGCUGGGUGAUGGACUCCAGAGACCACAGGCCAAGAACUUCCUCUGUGGGGAGUUUCAAUACUUCGCCUUCAGAAGGAACUCCACUAGCAGGGAGUUACGGGUGUACCCCAAAUUCUCUUCCAAAAUUUCAACAUCCUUCUCAUGAACUGUUAAAAGAAAAUGGCUUUACUCAACAGGUGUACCACAAAUACCGUCGAAGGUGUCUAAUGGAGAGGAAACGGUUGGGAAUUGGCCAGUCCCAGGAAAUGAACACACUUUUUCGUUUCUGGUCCUUUUUUCUGAGAGAUCACUUUAACAAGAAAAUGUAUGAAGAAUUCAGGGAACUUGCUCUGGAUGAUGCAGAAGAACACUACAGGUAUGGAUUGGAAUGCUUGUUUAGAUUUUACAGCUAUGGCCUAGAGAAGAAAUUCAGGCAAGAAAUAUUCCGGGAUUUCCAAGAAGAAACAAAGAAAGACUAUGAAGCUGGUCAGCUAUAUGGACUGGAAAAAUUUUGGGCUUAUCUAAAAUACUCUCAGCACAAGACUCCAGCGGUUGACCCCAAACUGCAAGAAUACCUUAGUAAAUUUAAGAGACUGGAGGACUUCCGAGUGGACCCUCCUAUUAGUGAAGAAUCUGGCCGAAAGAGACCAGUUGCUGCAACAGAUGAGGAUUCAGGUCAUCGGAAACAUCAGCCUAAUUCCUGUAGGCCACUUCUGGCCACUAAACCAACAGCUGCUUGUCAGACCCAGGCACCAGGAAACAUUACAGGUGGGAAUACUGUACCAGCAUCCAUAGGCUGUAACAGUGCUGCCAUGAAAUCUAUAGAAAGUGAUGUACCAGAAAAAUAGACUGAAGACAAGCUUGAACCCUUAAGAAUCAACUUUUACAUCACUCUCUCAGUUUGGAGAUCUUCAAGGCGAGCCAAUCUAAUAAGUGAUUAAAAAUGUUAUGGAAGACAGAGGAUUGGAUUCACUUUUUCACAGGAUUUAGUUCUAAAACAUUUACCCUAGGAGAAUUGCUCUUGCUUUUGGGAUCAUCGGAAGGAUCCUGGGGAAGAUUCUUUAGCUUCAGUAUUGCUUUCUUCAAGCUUUUGUUUACAAACAACUGCAUUCCUUGCAUACACAAAAAAUACUUUGGGGAUGCCUUACAUUUCAGCUCAUAUUUCUUAAAAAAGGUAUGAUACACCCAUGGUAUUUACUGUGCUUUCUUUACCCAGAAUUUCCCAUUAUUUGUAUUUUACCAAAGCAAAAGAUUACGUUAUAUAUAGAAUCUUAAAUGUAAAGGAAGGAGCUACACGAUUGGUUUGCUCUUUAACUAUUAAAAGUAUGCUUUUGUGCAAAAG